AUGGAAUACCGCAACUUUACAUUCGUAUAUCACAAUACAACAAACUCAACCGUUGACAGUUUAUCCAGCCUUGACUUGUCAGUAUGGUUCAUCACCACGAUUAUCGUCGCCGUACUGGGAUCUGUGCUAAUCACGUUCCUCCUGACAACAUUAUUCUCACACCGGCAACUCCGCACCAGCUCGGGAAUUUGCGUGGCGAAUUAUAUGUUCAUCGAGCUCAUGCUGUGCGCUGUGGAGACGCCGCUGCACGCCUUACCCGUGUAUUUCCGCAUUACCAUCUUUAACUGCACCGCCCUGGUAUGCAGUCUCCAGACGUUUAAUCACGCUAACAACUGGGCGGCGGUCUUGUUAGCUGUCAACCGUUUUAUCGCGCUAGUGUAUCCGUACCGCUAUACUAAGUCGUUUUCCCGAGGUUACGCCACGAUCGGCAUCCCAAUGAUGUGGAUGUAUAUUUUCCUGUGCAGUAUUCCGUUUUACAGUCAAACUGCAGUAAAGCUGGGAUAUCUUCCUAGUGGAGCCUGCUCUGUUAUUCGUGCGAACGGCUCGUAUUUUUUCGUAAUGGGAUCGCUGAACACGUACCUUCCCAUUGGGAUAAUGGGAAUCCUGUACGCUUUCCUGUUCUGUAUGAAAAAUAUGUCAGUAAAGGUCAACAUUGCCGGGAUCAACACUCCGCGUAAUUAUCGGCGCCAACGACGACUACAGAUGAUUAAAGUGUUGUUUCUGACGUUUGUGAUUAACUGUUUAUGCUUGAUUCCAGUACCCAUAUUAAAUCAGUUUUACCCGGGAGUCUGGAGAAACAAUCCCAGAGCGCUGCUGUGGACAAGGACGCUGGCGAUUGGUGGAUAUGCCCUCAAUCCGUUGACGUUUUUUAUGGUCAGUGGAGAUUACCGUAGAGGUGCAAAACGUGCCUUUGGUAACUGGACUGCCAGCGGCAGUAAUUCCCAGCGGAAUUAACCGCGCUAAGGAAUCCCGCGCGAUCGCCGAUUUAUUGAGCAAAUCAUCGGUGCAAAGAUAUUGUAAUUUUUGCUCUCCUUUUGCUUUCCUGGAAGAUGUGGAGCACAUAUUGGUCGCAUCGUUUUUAUGGAAAUCCU